UUAACAAAAAUAAAUUUCAGUAUCGGUAAAAUUUGCCUCCGCAUAUUGGAAGGCGCAAGGACACCUGCCACCACAAGCUCUCCGCUGCCCACCGCCCGCCGCCUCUGCCUUGGCGUGUUCAGCCGCCAUCGCCGUCCCUGCCCACUGCUUCUGCUGGAAAGCAGCAACUAAGCUCUCCACCGCCCUUAGUCUUGUUCUUUUUUGAAAAUAAUUUUGUUGUUAUGGACUUUGACGACUUAGAAGAAGCGCCGAUAAAGGCCACGUCUCGAGUCUCCAAGUUCGCGCCAAAAUCAUCAAAGCUCAAACCUAAACCAAAAUCAGAACCUGCCCCCCCCAAACCUGAACCCCAACCACCCAUCUCCAAACCAGAGCCUCAGGAAUUCGUUGCAGCAACUGUCAAAAAGAAUGAAGAUGAUGGCGUCGAAACAGUGCCACCAACUCAUACGAAACCCGAACUCGACGCCACUGUCAAAAUGGAGGAGGCCGAAGACGAACCAGAAUCAGUUCGAGACGAUCCCAUAGACGAAGAUAUCCCUGAAGAAGACACAGUUGUGCGCGAAAUUGAUGUCUUCUUCUCUCCUUCUGUCGAUGCCCAGACUCAGCUAUACGUCUUUCAGUAUCCCUUGAGACCUUCUUGGCGACCGUACGAUUUGGAUGAACAAUGCGAAGAGGUAAGGUUGAAGACUAAAACUUCAGAAGUGGAGAUUGAUUUAUCCAUUGAUCUUGACUCGGACCAUAUUGACAAAGAGUUUGCCACCAAAUACAACAUCACAAAGCAGACUUUAUCAACUACGUGGAAGCCAUCUCAUGCAAAUGGAUGUGCUGUUGGGCUUCUUAUGGGUGAUAAGUUACACCUGCAUCCAGUUCAUGCAGUUGUGCAGCUCCGACCAACAUUACAACAUCUUAAUUCUGGUGGUUCAAAACGGAAGAAUGCUGCCUCCACUGGAGCAAAUGCUACUGUCAAAAUUGAGGGCUCAAAUGAAGAGAAGUCUGUUGCUACAUCAAAGAAGCAGAAUAAGCAGACAGGACCUUCUAUUAUUGAGCAAAAGAGUGAUGGUGAUGAGUGCUGGGUUCCUCUAAAGUACCAUAGCUGCAAGAGUGAUAUAUCCUCUAGAUAUUUGCAGCAAAUGGUGACACAAGAAAGUUCUCCUAUAAACUUCACAAUGAGAGCGUAUGAUUAUGUUACUGCACUGUGUCCUGGUGGGAGCAGCAACAAUUUACCAAAAGGUCUUUCUAAAAGGUAUCUUCUAUCAUUGCCCGUGGAAGAGCGUCUUAAGAAAAUGCUUGAGGAUCGUCCACUUCAUCGUUUCAGUGCUAUUAAGCACUUUGCUCCAGAAUAUUCCGAGAAUGAACUUCUAGGAUUCCUGCAGCAGCAUGCAAUAUUGGUGUGGGGACUAUGGACUGCAAAAAGUUCAUUGCUAUAUCCUGAUGGUGGUGUGGAAACUUUGGCCAGAGAUUAUUCCCUACUAUUGUUUAGCAAGAGUUUGAAAGUUCAGUUUUCUGAUGUGAGUAUUCGAGGAGGUGAACUUGUUAAUCGUGUGAGAAACUGCCUGAAGAUAUUUGGCGUGGAAAGAAAUGAUCUUGAUAAAUCUACUGGAAAACCAAAUCCUUACUGGAAGUUCAGAGAGCUUCCUGACGAGUCAUUCAAAAAACUCUAUCCAGAUAUUGUUGAAAAACAGGAAGAACUUUUCAAAGGUUUGGAAAAACAGUUAUCUGGUUUUUCUUCGAAUGUUGGAAAACGUAAAAUUGGUAAAAAUGCUGUAGCAAACCAAGGUGUGAACACUGAGGUUCAUAAAUCAGAAAGUUCAGAUCAACGGGUAACAAGUCUGGGCAGAGUGCCUCCUGCGAAAAUGACCAUGUCAAAUGAAACCCGACAUGCUCUGCCAAUUGCCCUGAAGAAACUUUUUCAGACUUACAAAGUUUGCAGCUUCAAAUUGAUAUGCGAAGGAUUGCGCGAAAUGGCAGUUUCCAAAGCUAUGCUUUCAAAGGGAGAUUCUAAAAUGGCUGUGGAUGCAGCUCACAGUCUUGAUGGUCCCCAUAAUGAGUUGAUGGCUGUCAUAAGUGAAGUUGCAUGCGAAAUCAAUGGUUCUUAUGUGCUGAAGUCAUCACCCGAUGAUCCAUUCAGGGAUGUUGUAAUUGAUAUGCUUUGUGGAAGUGGACCCAAUGCCAAGCUGAAGAAGGCUGAGAUACUUGAAGCUGCCAGAAGAAAACUCGGUAGGGAGGUCGCUAGCAAUGAAUAUACCAAGGUCAUGAGCGAGUUAUGUGUGUCAAAAGGUUCUGUUUGGGUCUUGAAAAGCGGUGAUGGAAGUAAGUAAGCAAUGAUCCGAGGUCCCCGAGGAUUGAACUGCCCACCUGCUCAUGAAUGGAAGUCAUACUCUGCUUUCUCAUGAGACUACCAGAGUUUAGUUUAUUGGUCAUAGUCAUUAUUCUCAAAUAUUCAAAUCUUUUCCAACUUUUUAGCUUUAGAUAAGGAAGAAAUUUAAAGAGAAUAUUUUUUAUUGUUCGAAUCAAAAGAAAAAGGUAGAGAAGUUAGAUGAAAGAAAACAGGAAUGGACAAAGAUUGCCCUGUUAGCUAUUAAUGGAAGUUAUAUAUCAUAUUUUCUUCUCUA